UUUUUUUAAUAUUUUGUAAUCGUUUUAAGGGUCGACUUUUUCAGUGGCUGCUACAUUUGGUUCAUAUCUCUUGGUAUUUGUAAGCAUGUCUUCUCUAUGUGCCGCUGAAAUUAUAGACUUUCCACAUUUGGUGGCACCUCUACCCUAUCUGAAUUUUCUGCGCUACUUCAAGCGAAAACAUCCGCGUUACGGAGCUCGUCGCGUGAUGCAGGAAGCCCUUCCCUAUUGGGAUUCCCUGACCAGCGGUCAAAAAAAGCUCUUCCAGAAACAACGCAUCUUAGCAAGAACUGCAAGAACUUCAAGUGCUCGACGUCGCAUGUUGCUCAAGAUCAAGAAUAUUAGAGACCCUAAACGUUGCUAUCCAGUUCGAAGAACCAUUUAUACCAGAGGAUAUCCAACGAGACGGCAAACGCGUAGAAAAAAACGAAAACAAAAGGCAUAAGUUUUGGAUACAUUUCUUAAUUUUAAUUUACAUCAAU